AUGAAUCGCCACCACGAUCCCAAUCCAUUCGAAGAAGAAGAAGUCAACCCGUUCUCGAAUGGUGCUGGAUCAAAAUCACGUGUUCCACCGUCAUCUGGACCACUAGGCUUUGGUCAAAGGCAUGAUGCUACGGUUGAUAUUCCUUUGGAAACUUCAAAUGGGGACUCCAAGAAAAGAAGUCAAGAGCUAGCAGCUUGGGAAGCUGAUUUAAAAAGGAAAGAGAAGGAAAUAAAAAGAAGAGAAGAUUCUGUCGCUAAAGCUGGUGUGCCCGUUGAUGAUAAGAAUUGGCCUCCAUUUUUCCCAAUGAUUCACCACGAUAUUGCCAAUGAGAUUCCAGUCCAUGCACAGAGGCUGCAAUAUUCAGCCUUUGCUAGCUGGUUGGGAAUCGUUCUCUGCUUAGUUUUUAAUGUAGUUGCUGUGACUGUCUGUUGGAUCAGAGGCGGGGGUGUUAAAAUUUUUUUCCUUGCAGUAAUUUAUGCGCUGCUUGGGGUUCCCCUUUCAUACGUGCUUUGGUACAGGCCCCUCUAUCGUGCUAUGAGGACGGAUAGUGCUCUGAAGUUCAGUUGGUUUUUCAUGGUCUACUUGCUUCAUAUAGCAUUUUGCAUCUUUGCUGCAAUUGCACCUCCAGUUGUUUUUCAUGGACAGUCGUUAACGGGCAUCCUUGCGGCAAUUGAUGUGUUUUCAGACCACGUAUUGGUUGGGAUAUUUUACUUGAUUGGAUUUGGACUGUUUUGCUUGGAGGCUCUUCUAAGCUUGUGGGUUAUUCAGAAAAUAUACAUGUUUUUCCGGGGGCACAAGUGA